GUACGAGGCGUUAGAGGGCCAUUCGAAAGGUGCCAUUGUACAAAGACGACGCGGCAACGCUGUCGGUAGACUAUUGAAAACGUAGGAGCUUCAAAGUGACGCUCAGAAGCUUCGGGACAGAAAUAUCAGGAGAUAUCUCGAGUGGAUUUGUUUGACACGCAAUCCGACUUCAAUCGCUGUGUAAUAAUCAUCCCUGAGCUGGUGGAUCAUGCCUUCUACUCUCCAUCGAAUGUCUUCGUUCGAAGAGGCUUCAGCUGCCUUCCGCGCACAUCUCCCCGACCUCGCCACUCCACGUUUCACGACUGCAGCGGAGCAGGACGUCUACGAAUACGCGAAGUUCUUCCAGGACAAUCACGCGCCGCCGUGGUUGUUCGAGCUUACUCAAGCAUGGGCGAAGCUGUAUGAGGAACCUUUCAAGGGCGUUACGAGCGAUGGCAAUGUGAAGGAGGGCUUGUAUGAGGCAAGAGAUGAAGGUAUUGAUAUUGAGAGCAUUGUAAAGAAGGCUGAAGACUUGUUAAGCAAGCUGGAUGAGCAGCAGAGCAAGAAGUUGAAAUAUCCUGUCAAUGCGAAGGAGUGGAGAGCAUGGUCGAACCCGGAGAUCCUGCUGAGGCCGUUUGGGCUGAGGCUCGAGGAAGUACCUGAAGCGACGAAUGACGCCAUCCACAAAGUCAUUGAAGCCUCAUUAUCCCCAGAAGGUUACCAGAAAGCCCUCGCCUCGAUGCGGAUCAACCACUUCUUAGGCGAAUGCGUCAAGCUACCCAAAAUAAUGAACAAGGACUCAUACAACUUCCUCCUCUUCGGUACCCCAUCUGCAUCUCCAUCAUCACCCUGGGGAUGGCUCCUCUACGGCCACCACCUCGACAUCGCCUGCUUCUUCCGUGGCCCCCAGAUAACCAUCAGCCCAACCUUCACCGGCGCCGAGCCCAACAUCAUCGACGCCGGUCCCUGGAAGGGCACCGAAAUCCUCCACAAGAAGGGAAACAUUGGCCUGAAGCUGAUGCAGAGCCUGACGUCAGAGCAGCAACAGACCGCGCAAAUCUACAAAAAUCUCAGAGACGAUGGCAUGAAGCAGACAGGUGAUCUGGCUACUGACCGCUGGAAUAAAGACGACCAGCGCCACCUCUGCGGCGCCUUCCGUGAUAACCGCAUCGUCCCCUACGAAGGCGUCACCGUGUCGUCUCUCACCCCAGAUCAGCAAUCCCUAGUCCUAGAGAUCGCGGAGGAAAUGCUGCUCUACCUCCCAACCAAAUCGCGACAACUGCGCCUCGACCAGAUCAAAUCGCAUUUCGAAGAGACGUACUUCAGCUGGAUCGGCGGAUAUGGCGACGACGACGCGUUUUACUACCGCAUACAGAGCCCUGUAGUGAUUUUGGAGUUUGACCAUCACUCGGGUGUGUUUUUGAGCAACACGGAGCCGAAGAAGUUUCAUACGCAUACGAUUGUGAGAACGCCGAAUGCGGGGGAUUAUGGGCAGGCGAUUAGGGCGACGGAACAUAGGCUAUGAGCGGAAGAGAUGGUUCUAUUAUUUGGAUUCUUGUGCUCCUCGUAUCAAAAAUUCGCAGAUUAAUCAAUCUCAAUGAGAUGCGAUCAAUCAUCAUGCCCUCCACUC